AUGCACAUCUUGAAUGUUGCACGAGCUUUGAUGUUUCAAGCGAACAUACCAAUAGAAUUUUGGGGAGAUUGCAUCUUGACAGCAGGCUAUUUGAUCAAUCGCACACCGAAUUCUGCUCUACAGGGUCUUAGUCUGUAUGAAAUGCUUCACCAGAAGGCACCGGAUUACGAUCAUCUUCGGGUUUUUGGCAGUUUGUGCUAUGCCCACAAUCAAAACACGAAAGGAGAUAAAUUUGCUUCUCGAAGCAGAAAGUGUGUGUUUGUUGGAUACCCAUACGGCAAGAAAGGAUGGCGUCUCUACGAUCUGGAAACACAUCAAUUUUUUGUGUCUAGAGAUGUCAUCUUCUCUGAAAAUCAGUUCCCCUUUCUCUGCAACUCUGUUUCAGGUUCGGAAAAGUUACACGAUGAGGAAGGAGAACUUUGGGCUCCACUUGGGGCAAACCCCUUUUUGGCUCAAGAUGAUGGGCUUUCUUGUACAACUCCAGCGAGCCCAAUUCCUAAUAUACCAUCAGGCCCAUCUACUCACGACCCAUCAUUUGACUCUGGUCACGCCUCUCCAAUUCAGAACUCGAUCUCCACUGAAUCGUCUUCUCCGUCGACUCCGUCUGUGCCCUUGAAUUCUGAAUCUGAGUCUUCAUCGUCCGCUUCAGCUCCGGUCUCGUCCCCAUCAAUUUCUCUGGCACCUCCGUCUGAUUCUCCUCCACCAGAAAUUCUUGGUCGUGGUCAGAGGAAGAAAACGCAGUCUGUAACGCUGCGAAAUUUUGUGAUUAACACUGCUCAGAGUCGUCUGCUCAAACGACCAUCAACUUCGACUUACCCGAUUGCAAACUAUGUUGGCUGCAAUCGUUUCUCCGCCACUCACACGGCGUAUCUUGCAGCCAUCACAUAA